CGUCUUCCUGUGUUGACCAUCGUGUCUUAGCCGUUCUUCAUUCUACUUCAUCUGUGGACACACGUUGGAGCUGAACACACAGAAAAGAACUGCUCAAACGUAAUGAAACAUAUUGGGAGACAUGAGGCGAGAAAUUGCAGCUGUGGUGUUCUAUGUGAAGAGCCUUGUGAAAAAGGCAGAGAAGCUCGAUUCGCACAAGGUUGAGCUGUUUGUUGAGAGGUUGGCUGCUGCACUACAAGAGAAGUUCAAAGGACACUGGUAUCCUGAAACCCCAAGCAAAGGACAGGGAUUCAGGUGCAUCCGAGUGAACAGGUUCGACAGGGAGGAUCCAGUUCUCCACCGGGCCUGUCAGGAGAGUGGAAUCGUGUACAGUGACCUGGGACUGCCCCAUGAACUCACACUGUGGGUGGAUCCUGGGGAGGUCUGUUGCAGGUAUGGAGAAGGAAGUAUGAUCUUCUCGGUGGCCACUUUCUCCAGCGAUGAGGAGCAGGACAAAUAUGUGGCAAAGAAGGUGAUCAGUGCUUUGACGCGGGUGACAUCAGACUACCACUCCGAUUCUUCCUCUGAUGAAGACAGGGCUCGCACUCCCCCUUUUACCAUCGACACCAGCCACUGCUACCAGGCAUUAAACCCAGAUGCUCCCAUGUGGCAUCCAACUAAAAUAGUUCCUGUGAGAAGUCCAGUCCUUCCUCAUGACUUCAGGCCUCGCAGCAGAGCCCCCCACCCUCUAAGACGUAAACUGUGGGUCCCUCAUGACAACAGAGUAGGACCUGGAUACUGACACUCAAGGUUACAGUUAGGAAUCGUAGUACAUGUAUUGUUCACACUGGACAUAAAAGCUAAAAAUAACUUUGACGACCAAGGUUUUUUUAAAAACAUUGAUUCUUUUUAUAGAUUGAAUAUUGAUUGACCCCUUUUGCACUUUAGAUUGUCUGUUAUAGUUCAAAUAAAUUUCUUGUAUUAAAUUGGAUAUUGACAUUGGAAUACUACACUUGAUGUUUGGAAGUACUGUAUUUUUACAAUAGGAGCUGUAAUGUAUGCCACCUACUGUGGACCUUUGUACUGUUUUAUUUAUUCAUGGUGUAGAAUUCUCUGAUGUAUAGUCUUAAAAUUAUGAAUUUUUAUUAAACACAUUUUCCACGUAUAAAGAUUUCA